GCGAGUGAGAAAUUGCAAAGCUCGGCGUUUAUUACACGCCCGAAGUGGCAAUAAAAAUUCCAAAGCGAUGGCGCCAAAUGGAAUACAAGUGGAAAUCAAUAAAAAAUUUACAUUUUUUGAGAUGCAGAGGAAAAAAACAAUCGAUGAAAAUUUUUUAUCAUAAUUAAAAUGUUAAUCUGCGUGAAGUAAAAGGUUAGACAAACUAUUAGCGGUCAAAUUUAUGGCAACUGCAAGACGGAACCAAGACGGCAAGACGGCAAGACGGCAUACAUAAUGUAUGAGUGAUAACAGAGUGGCCGGAUGAAUGGCCAAUAACAAAGAGCCAAAGUGGUCAGCGACAGAUCUUUUCAAGAGCACCCACUAUACGCUCGAUUAGCAUAAGCAGAAAAGUGGCCGAAGUUUGUUUAGAAAAAUCAUACAAAUUAUGCUCACCGCCGCAAUGAUUAAGCAGAAAAUCAGAAUCGAAAGAAGCCAGCCAGCCAGCAGCAAAGUUCAAAGAUACAAUAGCAGAGAAACAAACGGUGACAAAAUGCGAAUUGGGAAUUGGGCAAAACUGCAGAUUGGCUGAUACAGGAGCAAAUGGGCAAACUGCUCGGUAUGAGGUGCAAAAUCAAAGACAGCCAAUUAAAAAACCAAAUGAUGGCCAUAAACAAAGAGUUGCAAUCUGCAGUGAUUUUGCAUAAAAGUCGUGGGCGUCGUGGAGUUGGACAUACUUGCCUUCGAUCCAGCAAACCGAGCGGAGUUAUCCACCUACACACCAAAACUCAAGAUGCGCGUCCUUAUUGCUCUGUGCCUCGUGGCUGCCGUCAGUGCCAGGAGUGGCUACAACUACCAGCCUGCAGCUUCUGCUCCUGCCAUCGCCUCCUUUGCUCCUUCGGUGGCCGCUAGCCAGGAUGCCCCCGUCGAGUCCUAUGCGCCUGCUCCCGCCCUCGAAACUGCUCCCUCUGCUGUGGCCACCAACUAUGCGGCGCCCCAGGCUGAGCUCCAAAAGGAGUUCUUCACCUACACCGCUGAUGAGCAGGACUUCCUUGAACCAGCUGGCUCCGAGCAGGUUUCCGGCUCCCUGAACAAGGCCCUGCGUGUGAUCUUCAUCAAGGGACCCGAGAACACUGGCCUGGAGAACGCUGCCGUGGCUCUGGCCAAGCAGGCUGGACAGCAGGAGACCGCCAUCUAUGUCCUGAACAAGCAGGCUGAUAUCGGUGACCUGAGCAACAAGCUGAACGCCAUCCGCAACAACAACAAUAACAAGCCCGAGGUGCACUUCGUCAAGUACCGCACCAACCAGGAUGCCCUCAAUGCCCAGCAGGCCAUCCAGUCGCAGUACGAUCAGCUGGGAGGAUCCUCCACCAUCCAGAACGGAGGCGUGGCUCCCGUCCUGAACUUCGCAUCUCAGCCAGCUGUCCAGCAGGUGGCCGCUCCCUCGGCUCCUGGUAGCUCCUACCUGCCCGCUUCGGUCCUCCGUCUCCGCCAAUAGGCAGUGCACUGACCUCAGACUGACCCAUGACCCCCAUCAACGAUUCCUACGCACUCGCUGCGACCCACUUUGCCUAGUUUGUAAAUCCCUCGAAUUUCGAUACGUGUCCCCAAUAAAAUAUUGUUAAUAUAA